AUGACUCCUCCAACGCCCAGGGUCACGCUCGCUUGCGAUGUGAAUGGGCACAAGAUCACGUCAGGUUUCGUGGAAGACUCAAGCGCACUUCCCUCGUGCUUGGUUUCCGUUCCAAUCGAGAUUGCAGGUGCCUGGAAAGGGGCGGGCACGGUGCGAGGAACUGAAAGCUUGUACCUUCUUUUCGAAAAGCUUAGCAUAGCUUCCGACGCGAAUCACAGGUCUCAUGGCGCCCAGGUGAUCGAGCAACAGCUCCGCGAUACCCGCAGAUUGGUCUUCGUGGUUGGCAUUGAAUGCUCGGACACCCGUGGGCUCGUCUGGCCUGGUUGCGCUCGGACAGGUGGGUACUGGAUCAUCUCCACCCUCUCUGCACUCCACCGUGCCCUGAAGGAAGCCCCGUCAGGCCCAAGCUCCGGCCCAAAUGCCAAUGGACAGGACAGGCACACUCCACGUGGGGUAUCUGUUGGCUAUGGGUAUGGGUUGACAGUACCUCGUGGCGACUUGACAGUAUUGGGGUAUAACAACCGCAAUCGGGACGGUCAGCUCGGUGGGCUUGAGAGCCCCGAGCCAGCUCGGCCGAUAUGUCUCCAAGAAGUGUAG